AUGGUAGCCACCAGGGGAAGACUGGAAGAAGUUACAAGUGACAAUGGGACAAACUUUGUAGGAGCAGAGAGAGAGCUCAGAGAACUUGUUCAAGCAAUGGACCAGGAACAGAUCACGGGUGAUGUUGGCAAUGAUGGGAUCAAAUGGAAUUGGAAUCCUCCAUUGGGGUCGCACUUUGGAGGGGUGCUUGAGUCGCUGGUUAAAGUAGCUAAGAAAACUCUGAAAGCAAUAGUUGGAAAUGCUAGGCUAACCAAUGACGAGCUGCACACUGCUAUCAAGGAAGUAGAAGCAUUGAUGAACUCGAGACCAUUGAUAUAUGAAGGAGCUGACCCGCGAGAAGAGCCAGUGUUGACACCUAACCACUUCCUAAUUGGGCAUCUAGGAGGACAACUAGCACCUCAAGUUGCUGAUGACUUCGCGUUUAAUCCCAGGAACCAUUGGAGACUGAUUCAAAAUCUGGUGAGAUUGUUCUGGAAGUGCUGGAGAGAAGAGUAUCUCUCAACACUUAACACCCGAGAGAAAUGGAGAGAGGCCAAAGAAAACCUGAAGGUUGGGGAUGUAGUGCUUGUUGUUGAUCAGAAUGCUCCACGCGGUCAGUGGCAUCUGGGUUGA